UCCAAACUCCAAAGGUACACAUCAUCUCUUCCAAAUCCCACCAGCAAAUCCCCAAUUCCUCCGAGUUCGAGCGACCAUGUCGGGGCGUGGCAAGGGCGGGAAGGGUCUGGGCAAAGGCGGCGCCAAGCGUCACCGCAAGGUUCUCCGCGACAACAUCCAGGGCAUCACGAAGCCGGCGAUCCGGAGGCUGGCGAGGAGGGGCGGCGUGAAGCGCAUCUCGGGGCUCAUCUACGAGGAGACCCGCGGCGUGCUCAAGAUCUUCCUCGAGAACGUCAUCCGCGACGCCGUAACCUACACGGAGCACGCCCGCCGCAAGACCGUCACCGCCAUGGACGUCGUCUACGCCCUCAAGCGCCAGGGUCGCACCCUCUACGGAUUCGGCGGCUGAGAGGCGCUACCGCCGCUGGUGGCCGUGGCAAAAGUCUUGGGUCGCGGUCAAGAAAUCGAGAGUAUUCUGGAUGACGUGCUUAGUUUCGUAGUAUUAUUAUCACUAGUGCUUAUUGUUAGCGGUUGUUGGGUUCGACCACUCUAAGCCACUGUCAAACAGUAAUAUAUGAGUACCGCAUUUCCGUGUUUCGAACUUCUAAUAUAUCAUAAUCUUAUGGACAUCGGGUUAAUUCGCUUAA